UAUGGCAACCGUUAAGCAACAAAGAUGGUUCCUGCAGCGAACAGUUUCUUGUCACUGCCUAAAAACAUGUCUGUUACGUUAACUAUCUUGGAGGAAUUGGGAAUUGUUUAUUCAAGGAAAAGACGAUAAGGAGAAAACCGUUUCAGAUAUUCUAAUGGCGAUAAAAUUUAUUAUGUGAGAAAAAUAAUUAUAACUAUAUUAAUUUUACAAUAUUUAUUGUAACUUUACAAAAGUAAACGUUAAGAGUAUGGGGAAAGAAAAAGGAAAUCCGUGAAUAAAAUAAAGAAAUAAAAGCAUGAAUAUUCCAUUCAAUAGUGCAUCAUUCUAGGGGACAUUAGUGUUCCCUUCUAAAAGUAUCUGAGACGACCUCCCCGCCCAAGAUACGGCAUCAGCGCGGGUAUUUCCAGAUAUCGAACCCUUAAUGUUCUUCUCAUCAGUUAUUUUAAUUCUACCAGAAAAUUUAAUCCCUUUCACAUCUCUUUCAUUGAUUCAUAAUUUCACAGCUCAAACGAUGCCUAUUUUUUACCUUCCGGUUGUUAAUAAAUUUGGGAUUCUUUCCGAACAGCAGCGACGUAAUGUAAACAAACGACUUCAGACGAAGCAACAUUCAAAUACCAACGAUUCGAGGCCUUCCUUUUCUUCAAAUAGAAGCCCAUUGCAAGUUACUGAGGAAUUUGUUGAAAAUUACAACAAAGUUAAGAAUUUAGAAGAACAGAAGAAAUAUCAUGCAAAGGCAGUUCAAAUGCUUCUUAGAAUCAAAUGGAAUGCAGGUUUGUCAAGUUCUGGUUUUAGAAAAGAUGCCAAUGUCAGUUUAGCAUGGUCAGAGUUGAUUCUGUUAUUGAAAUGCAAAGGAGAUAUUCAACAAGAGUGUCUGGAUCUUUUGCUGAUGUCACUGAAACUGGUUGCUGUUGACUGCAACCAUGUACCGUUGCUGCUGUUGCUGGCAGACACUCUGUUGUCCCUAUUGAGUACACACUUCACUCAGCAGUCAUUCCUCCGAGAAACUCACAUGAAACAACUGAAGGUUUGUCAACUUGUCUUCAUGCGUUUGUAUUGUCACAAAAUGGCCAACCACCUUGAUGGAUGGCAAGAAGUGAAGAAAAGAUUACAUUCCUACUUUGCCAGUUUCUCUGACUCCGCCUCCUUCUACACCAAGCACCCAGAUGCCCAGUUGUUGUUCAGAUUUAUUAUACAAGUCGCUGACAUCAUCUUGAUCGAUGAUGAUCUUGAAAAUGAUACAAAUUACGAGUUCUUUUCUCACAAUUUCAAAACAGAUUUACUCCCACCAGUUCUGCUGAGUAAGGUCCAAAGCGAGUCGCCUCCCGCUGAAAUCUCUUGUCCUUCCCGUCACAGUUCAUGGGUGAGUAAGAGCAUGCAUGAACUUAGUGCUCCUUUAUGGCACGCCUUAAAUGUUUGGAAAUACCAAACAUUGUGUUCAGGGGAUGGAAUGGUCAGAGAACCAACUAACAAGAAGGAACUCUAUUUUGUUGAUUCCCUUUCCUCGUUGAUACAAUGCACUUUUAAUCUGGACACAGCUUCUUGCUGGGUUGACUACGUUGUUGCUUUAAAUGUGUUAGCAGAAGCAGCAAAGAGGAACUUCACAGUUCUAAGCAUCCUUCAAUAUUUAGCAUAUUGUAGCAUUUGUAACAAUGAUUGGCAAAAUACAAGAAGAGAAGAUGUUUCCCAAAGACACCCAGCAGGAUUUGAAGACAAAAAUCAAGUUAAAACCAAAGAACCGAAAGAAACAGAGAAUGAUUUUAAACACAUUUCACAUGGAACGUCACAGAAUUGCUUCCACAAAAGAAGUGACAUCUUUGGUGAUUCGAAGGAAUCGGAUAACAAGAUGUCUGCAGAAACGGAAGAAUACAGUUUUGGUUUUUGGCCGUGGGACAUCAUCUUCAUUUAUACAGAGCUUCUUGGUGAUGUUCUUUUAAAUGGAAGUACUUCACAUAUUCAGAAGAGGGCACUUAUGGGAGAUAACUGCAAACUAAUGGAGGAGUCUUGCUACAAAAGACAGCAACAAUUUCAACUCAAAUCAGAUUUAAACUUCCAAAUUGACACCAUUCAUAAUUUGUGUAGUGUCAGCCUGCUUGAACUCACUCACUUCAAAUCUCCACAUGAGAUAUCUAUGGAAUCUGCAAAUGAAGACAACUGGAACUGGAGAAUACGUCUUGGAGCAAUUCAGGCUCUGAUGAGGGUCUACCAUUGUUUGUUAGGUGAACCAACUAGAGAGGUCUUGUUAACAACAUUAUGGACUAUACUGCUGCAGGUGAAUCAGACAGAACGGAAUCCUUGUGUUUUGGAAGCGCUACAUUCUAACUUUUUUUAUUCUUCAAAGAAGACAGCCAUGUCUUUCAGGCAGACUUCACUCCAUAACUUUAUGUCACACAUGGCUGACAAUUUGGUCGAGAUUUAUUUACUAGAAUCAUGUGGCAGCAAGGAACAGCUGAAAGAACAAGAACAACAUCAGCAACGACGACAGCAACAACAACAACUACAGCAGCAGCAGCAACAAAUCACAAACAGAAACAGUUUGACUCAAAAAUUAAACGAGAACAAAUCAAUAAUUGAUGAAAGGAAAUCCAGUUUUCCUCUGAGAAGGAAAAAUGUCCAGACAAGAUGCUUCCAAAGUUACAGAACAAGAACAUUUUUGAAUUUACAAGAAGUCAUAAGAAAUCAGUGGAACAAAGAAAACCCAGGUGACCUUUGGGAAGAUCUACAGCAUGUCUAGUCCUGCAACUCUGAUAAAAAAGUAAUAUAGACUCACUGGAUGUACACUAGGAAGAAGACCAUUCCACAAGAAAACUGUAGUAUCCAUGGAUCGGGGAAUGCAUUAUAAUUAUUCAUGAAGCAAGGAAAUUGGAGAAGGCUAUUAUUGUGCAGCAAAACCUGCUUUAUAUUGACACACAAAACGUUUCUAACACAAGUAUCACAGAUUGUCUUGUUAUUUGGUGAGCACUUGGACUAAAUAUUGCAAUUGCACAAGAUUUAUCAAUGAAAUAUUCUUAUAUAUAUAAAAAUUAGACAGUAAUGUUGUUGAAAAUAACCAACCAAAGUUCAAACUACAAAUUAAACACUUUUUUUUUAUAUAUUCAGCACAGACG